AUGCGCCCGGGCUGGUGGAAGUCACAUUGCCACUCCCGUCUGGCGGAAUCUUCGGAACCCAAAUUCUGGCAGCCUGCAGGUACCAAGUCCCUGCGGGCCAGGCAGCUUGGCACACGGCAUCGCAGCCCUUGCAGUGGGCGCCAAAAGUGGCCAGCGCGGGUUUCGUGGGACUUCCACAGGUGGAACCUGGUGGCAACAUUACUGCAGACAUUGCUGUCAUCUCAGGGCUCACCUUGUCGGGCUAUGCCGGGGCGGCCCUGCAUCUGCAUCCCCCAGCUUACUUCCGUAUCAUCGCUCUCGAAGAUCCAGGUUCUAGUGCUGAUGAGCCUUGGGCGAGAGUCGUUGCAUCCAUGGCAGCAACAGAUCCUGGGGAGGCAGUUGUCGUGCAGCUCCAGUCAACGACUGCCCUCUAUGCAGGUGCGGAGUAUUUUGUUCGAGUGGUACUCGUGGCAAGUGCACCUAGUUCUGGGCAGCGUGAACCCUGGCAGUUCCAAGUUUCCGGUGAGGCAGCUCCUGCUGUGCCAUUUGAGUCUGCGACCAAUCGCUCUGUCGGCAGGAAUUCUCUCGACUGGUUCUUUGGGUGCCACCAUCUCGUUCACAUCCAUCCAGGCAAACGCUCGGACCCUGAUUACGGUCUAUUUUCUCCCUGAGCAGGUCCAAGGCAUUUUUCUGCGCUACUUGGUGCUCCAGGCACCUCGUGGAUUCGACUUCGCCACAGCGGUGAGCCCUGGCAGCUGCGAGAUGGUGGCGCUGCUAUCUACGCCAGCCCACAGCCAGUGCCAGGACUCACGAGCAGGCCAUUUCUCCUGGACCAGUGACAUUGCCACGAUCGUGCUACCACCAUUGUCACGAUUAUUGGCACAAGAGUACGGUUUUGCAGUCUUCGCCAUGCUUCCGUCUUUUCCAGGGGCUUGGGUUGAAGAAGUGAACGGUCGCGGAACCUUCGCCCUGGAGACUCAGACGGAGGAUGCCUCUCCCUGCGACACUCUUCCUGCAAUACCUGGGCCCGAUGUUUUCCCGUCCGCCUGCGCUGAAGCAUCCGUGCGCCUGUCGACGACAGAGCCAGAGCAGGAAGCACUUGCCACGCUGGCUUUCAGGCCAGGCGCGCAGCAUCCUUCGCCUGUCCCAGCCGUGCUGUAUCUUCAUGUCGAAGCUCCAUUUGGUUACAGCUGGGUCAUGCCGGUAUCGUCAUGGUCUGCUCAAGUGGCACGGGGUCCGAACUCCGUUGCUGUGGCCAUGCCAAACCUCAUUGCAAUCGGAACGUGUGUUGCUGACCAGAAGGACAUCUUGUGCAUCUCCACGACCGACACCCUGACCGCCAUGGACGAAAUAACCAUCACAGCUGGCAUCAUCGUCCCCUUGCAGAAUCCGGAUGUGCCUCAAGGAUCUGGCGAGCUUCCUAGUGCAUCCACCUGGCAUUUGAGGAUAGCUUCUGAGCUCACCCUGAGCCCUGGAAUGGCUCCAGCCUCCCGCUGGCUGGGCUGCCAUGUGAUGUUUGAGCCUCCGCGUCGAGUGCGGCGAAUCUUCGCCGCAGCGGCUGAAGCUUCGAACGCCGUCGUAGGGGCAGAGAACGACAUCACAUUCUCGGUGACCACAGUGACAGAGGUGCCGGUUGGAGGUGCCAUUGUUUUGGUGCCACCCAUCGAUGUGUUCGACUUUCCGAAUCCAUGCCAGGUGGAGGUGCCGAAUAGCGCCGCAUUGUCGAUCUUUGGUCUUCCUCUGCCGGAAUCUGCUGGUGCUUCCUGCACCUCCUCGGCACUCGGAGCCGCAGUCGUCCUGCAGCUGGGCGCCCUACCGGCAAACACCUACCUGUUCACUGUGCGCGCAGUCCGCAACUUACGGACAAUUGCCGCAGACGAUCUGCUGUUCCAGUGGCAAGCAUACACAGUGGCAGCAGGAACGCUUGCUGCAAGCAGCAUCGGCAGCCCGUCCGUCUCCUUUCUGGAUAGCCCAAGAGCUUUUGCCAGCGUCUCGGUUCUGGUAGCCAUGAACGAUGCCUUCAUUGACACAGAGUUGCUCGACCUCUCCGUGACCGGCUUCACGAAAGGGCGUGGUGCCUUGAACCAAGUUGUGAUUUGUUUCCAACAGUCUUUGGCUUCCCUUGCUGGACAGACACUGAGCGUCUACAUUCCAGACGGUUUCAGGCUUCCUUGGAGCGACUCCAACAACUGCCUCGCUCCAGAUGCUAACACCGGUGUGCCGCCAGUGAAUGUUGCUGACCCUUUUGGCCGCGGCGGCUCUCCAGAUCCGGCUACUUUUGCCUUGUUCCCAUCGUCCAUGCAAGUGGCCUGCGCGACAUCGCCGGACGGCAAUGCCGCCUUCCUCACCCUGUCUGAAGGCUUGGUGGAGAUCUCGCGUUUCUAUGCCUUCCGCUUGGUAGUGCAGAACGCAGACCGCAGCCCAGCCAACAAUGCAUGGAGGCUCCAAUUGGGGCAGCAAGCUUCUCUUCCAAUUCGCGGAUUCACGAUGCAGGCUUUUCAGCAGCUUGCUAUCUCGGCCUCGUUUGCCGGCGCAGCUCAGCGAAUCGGCCAAGCGCCGCCAAACCUGCUGCAGGUUCUAUUUCAACCGUCUGUGCCUGUGCCUUCCGGUGGUGCACUCCAGCUGACACCGCCCAGGGGCUUUGAGCUCAUGGCAUCCGUGCCUCGCACUUCUCGUGGCGUACUGGUAAAGGCAAGUGCCACGUGCGUCGGCGAGUCCAUCUUCCUAGGCGUUGACUACACUUUCAGCCAAUGCCAAGCGGCCUGCUCACAGCGGGACAGCUGUGAGUUCUUUCGAGUAGGGAUCGGCGACAGGUCUGGUGAAUGCAUCCAGGAAUCUACGGGUGACGGCUCGAUGCCUUGCCAGGAUUUCCUGCCCGACGAUUCAUUCAGUGUGUAUCGAGUGACUCCCACAGGCAACUGUUUUCGCUUCCUUCUGACGGAGGACGGAGCUCAACGGAGCGAUGUGGACUGCAGCCUCGAGCAGCGGUCUGCUCUGGAGCUUGGUCAGGGGUUUGCGGCUGACCCUGGCGUCAGCACCGUGGCGGUCUUCGGCCUCCGAGUCGGAGCUCCGGCCAUGGCAAUCGAGAAGCUUUACGUCGCCACGCUGGCUGUGCGGAAUCCCACGCAGACCCCAGAGCAGAGCGUGUGGACUUUGCAAAGCUUCUCCCAGACUUUGUUGAUCUCCGAGGCCCUCCUGGAGGAUGGAAGUGCAGAUGGCUUUGCUUUGCUCGCAGCUCUGGAUCGUUUGGAGCUGCAAGUCCUCCCAGAAGCAGAGAAGCACAAGGCGGGUGCUGAGGUCGAGCUGUCCUUCAUGUGGGCUCCUAGCGAGCCUGUCAUUCCUGCAAGUGAUGUCAUCGAGGUGCAGUUGCCAUCAUGGCUGCAGGUGUCUGCUGCCGUUUGUAGCUCGCUUCGGACGCCUCAAUCGGCAGACUACACGCUAACCGCGUGCUCGCUUCCUGGGCCAUCCACUCUGCAGUUCAGCAUAACUGGCCCGGCAGAGGCUUUGGCUCAGGGCUCUCGACUUGACUUCCACCUGGUGGCCACGAAUCCGGACGCUUCGGCCGUGGCUGCUGCUCCUCGGGGUUCGACGACAUUGGUGCAGCUGUCUCAUUUGCGACCGGUCACGUCUGCAGUUACCGGCGAGACUUUGCUAUCAGUCGUAUCCGCUUCGGGGUCGGAGGCUCAUGCUGUGCAGCUGGCCAUGCCGUUCCUACGCAUGCAACAAAUCUUGCCUCAGUUCGCGGUGGCAGGACACUUCCCCACGACACUGGAGGUCACAUUCCAAGUGGCAACUCCAGGCGCUGAUCAGGUUUGGAUCGAUACAUUGUCUGGGGGCAGCCCCAUGGAUUUUGCCAGCGUACAAUGUACCAUGGCUGUCGACGGAGGAGCAGAUGCAGGUACUUCCCCCGAGCUGUUUGGCCAGAUUUCUUGUUUCCCUGGAGGGCAGAUCGAAACUGAGAUAAGUGACAACCGUGUCACCCAGCAAGCCCAGCUCCGUGCAGAAUUCGUGUCUACCUUCCUGCCGGAUCAGCGCUACACACUGAAGCUGGAACUCGUGCGCAUGGGUUUCCUGGCUGGCCCGGUGGUCGCGGCCGUGGCCACCAGCACUGCCAGCAGCAGUGCGGAUGCAUCGGACUUCUCGCAGGCCUUCUUGUUGGACCGAAGCUCGCUGGAGGACCAAGGAGACGAGCAGCUUUACUUGGCCGGACAAUUGGUUCUCCAAGCGCCUGGCUCCGGGUCUUUCGUGUCCCUGUCAGCGACUGCAGAGUUUGGGACCAGCUUGUUCUUGGCCGCAGACAGGGUCCACUACCUGACGCUAGGCUUUGCCUUGCAGGCUGCCCUGCCGAAGGGUGGCCGGCUUGUGUUAUACCCGGCUGCUGGUCUUGGCGUGGCAGCCGACGUGGUACUCGGAUUGGCGGCGACAAAUGUGCGAAUGUCUACUGCAUUGAAGGAUAUCGGAGGUGCGGAUGAUGUCUUUCAGAACAGCCAGAGGCUUAGCCUGCCAUCUCCCAGCUACACAGCACGCCUGGACGUGUUGUUCCAGGCAUCCGGAGAAGUGAACGAGUCGUUGAUCGCGUUGCCAGCGGAGCAGCCUUUAUCGAUUCAGCUCAGAGUGCAGACCCGGUUUGUUGCUGCGGGCAGCGGAUGGCUGUUGCUGACCACCCUACGAGAGGACUGGUCGGUGGACAGGCAAAGCGUCACCAACACCAACCUUGAGGAAUGGCCUGGCGGUCCACUGCCCGUGGUGCCAUCUUUCGAUCCUCGCAGUACUCUCGUUUCAGCAUCCAGCACCAGGCGUUCUGCUCUGAUCCAGGCUACUUUCCGAGUCACGCCAGUCCUCGAUAUUCCUGCUGGCAGCUUCCUGCGUGUACGAGCUCCCAGUGGAUUUGUUUGGGCCGCGGACUGUGUCGAGGGCUCUGGCCCGGGAGGUCUCGUCGAGCCAGGACAGUGCUGGCGCGACUCAUCGGAGCCCUCAGUCACUCUCCUGGAGUUGCAUAGUGCCAUGCAGGCAAAAGCUUCGUACGAGAUUCUUAUGCAGGUGCUCACACCAGCAAUGCUGCAGCCGCCCAACCGCUGGGAACUGGCAGCGCUGUCUCUCAUCACACCAGGGCCAGCAGCAAUCACCACCACAUCCACUGUACCUCCUGGCUUAGUUGGAAGCCCGUCGGCUCUUAACCUCAGCGCCGAAGUCGUUCAUGACCCUCGUGAGCGGCAUGCUGACGUGGUGCCCCAGCAGGUUAUCCGCUUGACAGGCUUCCAACUGUCAGGCCUCGAGGCGCGGUUGCAACCGCUGCGGCAGCCGGAAGCGAAUGGCCAGCUGAUGCUCCUCUCCUUUCGUUUGGCCCUCCUGCUCGACGAGCUUCGCCUGGCAACUCUCCCAUUGCCCCUCGUCCUCUCCGCACCCCAGGGCGUGACUGUCAGCUGCGCAUUGAGCGAGCAGGGGCAAGGAGGUGACCCGCUCAAUUACGGAAGCAUCUCGGUGUCUUGGAGGCUCUUGGCUACUCAGCAGAGGUCGGCGCUGCUCAGCCGCUGCAGCCCACAAGAUGCCUCUGGCGAUUCUUCCCUUCUCUUGGAGCUCCAAGCGCCGCCAUCUUCAGGCAGCGAGGCUCCGGGCGAAUGGUUGGUCUUGCCGAUAUAUGUGUCGUCGGCGCAGGAGGAGACCUUUGCUUCAGAGCAGACUUGGAGGCUACGUGUGGGCGAUGGCCUCGCGGAGGUGCGAACAUUGCACACAUCACCGCGGAGGAUCGUUCAUCCUUCCUCACCACCUCGAGCGAGCUUGGCUGCUGCACUCGCAUGCACGGCCUUCUGUGCCGCCGUGGCAGGAGAGCACCAGGAGCUUCCUGCUGCUGCAGCGCUCGCUGUAGACAGAGGGUCUGGAAUCCGCGUGCAGCUGGCCCUUGCUUUGCCACAGGCUCCACCUACACGCUCGUCCCGCCUCGUGGCGAGUCGUCUCGCAUCUGCCUUUCGACAAGGAGUUCGCAGCUCUGACUUCACAGAUGCCGCAGAGGCAGCACUAGUUGACUUCGUGCGGAUCACCGCGCCGGCACCGUUGCGAUGGCUGGACAACUGUCGAGUAACGAACACCUCGAUGAUCUCCUCCGCACGAUGGCGAUGUCUUUGCUACGGAAGUGAGGCCUAUGUCUACACGCUUGGCUACACCUCGGAGCCAGCCCUGCCACUUCGGGAAGUCCUUCAGAUCCAAGGAGUGACCCUGUCAGAUUCUGCAGAAGCAGCAACGUCGGUGCGGUUGCCAUUCUCGUCAACGUGGGUCGCGUCCCUUUUCGAAGACGGCGCUUUGGUAUCUCAGCAACUCAUGGAAAACCAUGAAGGACAGGGAGUUCUGCAUUUGGUCAGCGCGUUACCUGAUGGUGAUGAGGCAAACGAGACGUUGCAAGGUGAAGGCAACACAACAGCCGCGCUGGAGAAUGGCACUGUCACUCUGCCGGAGGAUGCCGUCGACCUCGAGGAGUGUGCAGAGCAAAAAGUGUCAUAUUUCCCGUGCCCGGUCGGCAUGUUCGCACACGGUGUUCGUGUCGUGCGAUUGGGCGGAGCCGGCUCAUGGAUGGACAGUCUUCAGCUCCUCUGCAGCCAG